AUGGUAUUGGCUCGAUUAGGAACAAAUCGGUUGUGUUGUUGCACAUUUGUUGAAGCUAGGUACUUUUCGUCACAUUCCUUCAUUGAUCAUUACAAGGUGCUGGAAGUCGCCCCCAAUGCGACAGCGAAAGAAAUAAAGUCUGCAUUUUAUCGUUUGUCCAAAAAGUAUCACCCAGACGUCGUUGCCGAUGGGGAAAAGGAUGCCAGCGCCGAAAACUUUCACAAGGUCUCCCAAGCUUAUGAAAUACUCGGAAGUGAGGAGCAGCGAAAGUUGUACGAUAUGACACGGGUAAGGAAUACACCAAGCACCGCCUCUGAUGUUCGCUAUCAAGCUAGGAACUAUCCCCGGGAAAAGCAGUACACGGAUAUCGACAUCGACUAUAAAGAUUUUGAACAUUUUCAAAAAGCUACGCGACGCCGCCGAAGUGCUCACCCUCACUUUGACUUCCCAGAAGAAUUUUUCGAAGGUCUAGGCGGAAAGAAGCGAGAAUUUCGGAGCGAUUGGGAUGAGGAAUCGGCAAAGUUGAACUCACGCUAUCGGGAUCCGCGUGCGGCCGCCCGAGAAAUGGACGAGAUGCAGGCCGAAAUUAAUCGGCGCCGAGAGCAAUUUGAAGCGAGGUUCAAAAGCGACUCGUUGGAUAAGAUGCUAGAAAAUAAGAGGAAAGAGGCCGCAAAGGAGACCUCCAAGUAUUACGCGGCGAUGUUCUCCCUCAGCACAUUGGGCCUCCUACUCUUUAUGCUAGCUAGA